AGCUGAUCACAGUUCACAUGGUUAUGGUUAUACUAGGUCAUGCAAAUGCAUGCAUAUAUAUAUUUAUAUAUAAAUAUGUAAGCGAAAUGAAUAAUAACGAGAGAAGUAAAACAUAAAUUUAAGUACUUCUUAUACUAAUUAUAUACCUAAAAUCUCAUUACACAUAUUUAAUAAUAUAGUUAUAUUAUUGUCGCACUGUCAGACAAUAAAAGAAAGUAUGUAAAAUAUGUAUGAACAAGCGGCGAGUAAUUGGGCCGUUGGCCUAUAUUCUCUGUUCGAUCCAACGAAUUUUCUGCCUUUCUUACCGAAUUUAUGGAACAAGCAAGCUAUCGGUUCACGUUACUCAAACGACACAAAAAUACGAGAGACCGAUGUGCUCGUAGGAUAUCUUGUUCUAUUCUGGGCGAUACUGUAUUUGCUGUAUGUCAAAUGUCUUAAUUCCCUUUUCAGGCGUAUGCACUUUCCACUGAUACAACGAAAUAGGAUAAUCAAGGCAACGUGGAAUUUUGGAUUCUGUUUUGGUAGUGUAUGUUACAUGCAAUCAUCAGCUACGCAAAUCUUAAACUUUGCUCCGCACAAGCUGGGAAUAACAUAUCAGGAAUUAGGGCUUGCGUUACACAAGAGCUUUUACCUUCAUCAAGCAGGAAUUGAUAUAUUGUGUUGGGGAGCUUGGAUGAAGGGCUGUGCAAACUUACUCUUUGCAUCUGUAAUCUUGAAUCCAUAUCUGCAAAAGUGGUGUACAGUUACAAGUACUUUCCUAAUAUAUAAAACUAUUGACAUUGGGAUAGUUGAUGCUUGUAGGAUCCUGUUGUGUAUUUCCAAAUUAUUUUUUCAAACUAUUGGAAGAUCAAUUUGUAAGCUGUUAUUUUUAUUCCAUUGCCUAAUUUGGAUAUAUUUAUACUUGUAUUAUGUGCCUACAUAUAUGCUUUGGUCAGAAGAAGUUAAAUAUACAAGGAUAGAUCUUGGUCUGUGGCUUUGGUUUAUAGCAGAAUGCCUAGAUUCGGUAUGGUUAAGACUUAUUGGACAUGCAAAAGCUACACAUUGGCUUGAAAUUUGCCUAUUUCCACCACCAACACAAGAAGCAAUUGAAUUAGCAGGCAUUCAUAAAAGGCAUAAAGAGUCUUUGAGAAAAUUUAAUAAUAAUAAAGCGAAGAAAAUUGAAUUAUGGCAAACCCUAGUUUGCGCAAUGGCAAUUAAAAAAAAAAUUAAAAGGAUGCGUCAAGCUAAAAAUAAUGUAGAUGAAUUGACAGAAGAUCUUAAAAAAGCAGAAUGUGAAACAUAUACGUUAAACGACGAGCUAGCGCAGGAUUAGCAAAUUUAUGCAAUUUUGAAAAAUAGCAUUUGCAGAACUUAUAUUUACAACGACUUACAUUUACGAGCUUUUCUCAGAUGAAUUUAAUUGCACGAUGAAAGGAUAGUGAAUAUAUAUAUAUUGUGAUGUCUAAAAUAUCAAGUUUUAUCAAUUUUUUAGAAUUAUACAUAAAUUAUUUUAUAUGUUAUUUUCAAACAAUUACUAUACUUUCUAUUGAGGAGACAUCUUUGUGCAAUUACACUUUAUGUAAUUGUAAAUUAGUAACACAAAGCAAGUAAAUUACAUCUUCUCUUCGUAGCAAUAAAAAAAUUCAAGAGUAACACACAAGACUGUAUAUUGUAGUUUUUAUACAAAAAAUUAAGUUUUAUUCGAAAAUUUCGUAGAUAUACACAUUUCGUAGAUUUAUGUAGAAAAUUAAAUCACUUUACACGUUUAUAAUUUAGUAAGAUGUCUCAACAACAAAUUAAAAUGUAACUCAAUAAUAUAAUAGAGUUAAAGGCAUUUUUAAGAAGUACUUUAAAAUAUUGUUAAUAUAUCGUUAAUUGCCUUACUUGCAACUCAAAGCACUGCUAGUCACAUAUAGAUGUAACGUACGAUAUAUGUUGUCGAAUUCUUGUCCAUGACAUAAAUAUACUUUCUUUUUAUGGAAUACGAUUAUACGUAAAUUCUCGAAGUGGCAAAAUUAUGAAAAUAAUUAUGUACAUGUAAGAUAUAAUAUGCUACAUGUUGUUAAUAUGAAAUUGGAAUUGUUAUGUAGUUUACAUAUUUAUCAAUGAUUAUAUGUAGACCAAAUGAGACAUCUCUAAUUUGUAAUAACAAGUUGAUUUUGAUCACAUUAUAAAGUUCUACAUACAGUGAAUUUGAUAUCUAUGAUAAUUCAAGAUAUAUCUGUUUAUGGCAGUAAAUAUGUAAUGUAAACAGAUUGCAUUACAUGCAUUUGAACAACAAAACUAAUGUAACAGUUUCAAUGAUAAUGCUAGAAAUGUACUUAAUUGAUAUAAGAGUUUUGAGCUUGGUGGACAAAAUGUUGUGCCUAUCAUUGCCUUAAAAGCAGAAUAUUACUCGGUACUACUUUUUUUUAUUCUAGGAAAAGAACAAUCUAUUUAAAUUAUCACAUAGUGUCAUUUUUAAAUUGUAAAAUAAAGACAACGAUAAUUUAAUAGAUAAGUUUAAUAUCGAUCUCUUAGAAGCAAAAUAUCUUAUAUUAUUUUAUAUCACGUUUCUGUACAUAUAUAGAUUAUUUAUGUUUAUGAAUGUAUGCUGCAGUCAGAAAUGCAACUUGUAUUAAAUAUUACUGCACUUA